AUUAUACACGAAGGAGUGACACCAAUGUUCUCUUUCCUGACUUAAGGGAAGAUAUCCAGGCAUUUUAUCCCAUUUCUUUGUGAAUUCAUCAGGGAGACCCAACAGGCGAUUGAGUGCUCGCUGAAUAAGAAGGUGAAAAAAGAACAGGAUGGAACAGAUGACAAGAAAAUGGCUCAGAAGAAGAAGGUGAAAGAAUUGAAAGUGCUGGAUGGUAAAACUGCACAGAAUCUGUCUAUCUUCUUGGGAUCUUUCCGACUUCCAUACGAGGAGAUAAAGAACGUUAUCCUCGAGGUCAACGAGAGUGUCCUCACUGAGUCUAUGGUGCAGAACCUGGUUAAGCAGCUUCCAGAAGCAGAGCAAUUGAGUGUGUUGUCAGAAAUGAAAGGGGAAUAUGAUGAUCUGGCUGAGCCUGAACAGUUCGGUGUUGUGAUCAGCACUGUGCCAAAGCUUCAUGUUCGUCUGAACGCCAUCCUGUUCAAGCUGCAGUUUGAUGAGCAGAUCAACAACAUCAAGCCAGACAUUGUGUCUGUGAUUGCCGCCUGCGAGGAGCUGAGCCAGAGUGAGAACUUCUCCAAGUUACUGGAGCUCAUCCUGUUGGUCGGGAACUUCAUGAACGCGGGUUCAAGGAACGCCCGCGCCUUUGGCUUCAGCAUCAGCUACCUCUGCAAACUUCGAGACACCAAGUCUGCUGAUCAGAAGAUGACUCUCCUGCACUUCCUAGCUGAGAUCUGUCAGGAGCAGCACCCAGAAGUGUUGCACUUCAUAGAUGAACUGACCCAUGUGGACAAAGCAAGCCGAGUUUCUGCUGAAACGCUACAGAAGAACGUAGACCAGAUGUUAAAGCAGAUUUCCAACUUGGAGAAAGAUGUACAGGCAUUCCCUCCAACCACCAACGAGAAAGACAAGUUUGUGGAGAAGAUAGAAAGUUUUGUCAAGACUGCCCGAGAGCAGUAUGAGAAGCUGGCCCUCAUGUACAACAACAUGGAGAAGCAAUAUGAGGACCUGGGGGCCUACUUUGUCUUUAACCCCAAAAAGAUAUCUGUGGAGGAGUUCUUCGGGGACCUCAGCAACUUCAAAAGCAUGUUCCAGCAAGCGGUGAAGGAGAACCAGAAAAGGAAGGAGGCAGAGGAGAAAAUCCGCAAGGCAAAACUGGCGAGGGAGAAAGCAGAGAGGGAGAAAGAAGAGAAACAGAAGAGGAACCAACUCAUCGACAUUAAUGCCGAGGGUGAUGAAACUGGAAUUAUGGAUGGCCUGAUGGAAGCCUUGCAGUCAGGUGCCGCCUUUAGGAGAAAGAGGGGCCCUAGGCAGGCGGCCAACAGAAGAGCUGGCAAUGCUGUGACAUCCCUCCUGGCCAAAGAGCUGAUGCAGGAGGACGCGAUAUCUGCUGCACCGCUGAAAAAGAAGAAAGAAGAAAAGAUUAAAGAGAAAACAAUGGCUGAACCAGAACAGGAAGCACUAGAAGAUAUUUUAGAGGCUGCGCCUGCCAGAUCCAGUUAAUAAUUAAUCAAUUGAGAAUGAAGAACACAGAUCAUGACUGUAGCCUGAGUGAAAUGACUAGCGUCACUCAAAUAUCAGUGUGGGUUGGUACCUGUAGUACAGGCUGUGGGUUCUACAGGAGUUCUUUAAGAAGAUGGUCCAUUGCAUUCACUUGGUGAGGGAUCAUUUCUUCUCAGCAUCCCACAGUUUAUUUUUAGCACCAGUAUCGAUGCUGAGCAUUACUAUUUACACUGGAUUAGGGUUAACUUUAGUGGCGCCUAACAUGCUUAUACAUACCAUAAAAAAAAAAAAUCAAAUUUAUAUCUGUGCAUAUUCCAGACUUUACUGGAUCUACAAACUUUCUGAGACCGCUAUUGUCAUACAUAAAUACCUUUUUUUUUUUUUUUUUUUUUUAAAUCGGCAUAGAAAUUUAAUAUUUAAAAUUAUCUUUAAUCUUACUGGUCAAAUUAGAUUGAAGACUGCAAGGGACAGUUUUGAGCAGAUUGUGCUGGCUCACUAUUUGGCUGAAAUUGACUAAAACAUUGUUUUGCAGGUUGCUGGUUUAAAAAUACUGUAGGGUGCAUUGUAAAGUAAAUAGAUGUAGUUAUAACAAGUGCCAAUCUGCCUUACAUCUGCACAUAUUUCAACUAAUACAAUUCUUCAAAUGAAAAGGUGCUGAUAAGAAAGUUCACUUCCACAUCAGUUGUUUUAUAAUGCAUUUAUACUUGUGUUUACUGUAUUAAUUUUAUUUGUGGCUACCAUAGUCUGGUACCUCUGUACCUUUCGGUACUUUUUUGUUUUGUAUGUCGUCUUAUCUUUUUAUAAAGUAGUUUCUUAAACAAACAUAUUUAUACAAGCACUGGAUUAUAUAUAUAUAUUUGCGUGUACUUCCGUCUUCUCAGUAAAUUGCAUACUUUCCUGUUGGUUUUUAGUCAGCUUCAGCCAUAAGUUGACAUGUUCACAAUGUUAGGUAUUUACUAUACAGCUGUGAACAUGUGGUUGGCACCCAAAACUGAGAAACAUGCUGCAUGAAGGAGGAGGAGCAUAAACUAAGGCCUGAAGAUACGCGUUUCAUUUUGGGGGUCAGACUUGAAACAAGAUUAUGAAACAAAAACUUCUAUUUGAAAUAGAAUUGAUUUAAAGAGAAAAAAAUACAUAUAGUAUAAAAAAAAUGUUUAAAUAAAGUGAAAAACAUGUUAAUGGGAUUCAUAUCUGGGGGGUUUCCAAAAAAAUCCUUUCCAUGUAAGGAUAUAUAAAGACACCGAACUUUGAGAUUCAUGUAUUAUAUAUUCAUCUAUACAACUUGGUAUUCUGCUCACAUACUUAAAUAUACAAACCUUAUCCAA